AUGGCAACCCACUCCCAGAGCUCUGCUUGUCCCCUGUCCCCUCUCAAUCAAGGAGAGCUGGGACCCACUAUUCCAGCAGCUGCCGAUGAGCUCAGAAGCCUCAAACCUGAAGUCUUUGGGGAGGUGUCCCUCAGCUGCGCAAUCUCCCUCAUCCUGGGAUUGCAAAAUCAAGUCCUCUGGCUUGAGCAGGAACUCAAGGAAACCAAGGAAGCCACAAAGGAAGCCCAAGACUGGAUGGGUGCAGUUGACCAAGCCCUCACUUGCAUUGAGGCUAGGGGUGGAGCCCCACAAACACCAGAAGACUGGAAACCUCUGGCAGUCAAGGCCACACCCAGGCCCAUAUCAAAAACCAACCCUCUACCAGCGCCUAGCGUGCCCCUUGUUGCCUGGGCUAAUCCCUCCAAAGCUCCCCCCACCUUUGCACAGCCAACUCCUGUCCAGGCCCCCUGCAAGGCUAUACUCCCCCUCCACCUUUGCCUAUCAAACUCUGUUCCCCCCAAGUCCCCCAACCAGUGGCCCCUAUAG